AGCCACUUGUGUGGACCUUUGAGGAGCCCGCACUUUCCAGUAGCAUCAAAGGCAUCUGCUGCACCGAAAGACAGAGGCUACAGCAAUCCAUUUUUUUUUUAAAGAAAGAAAAAAAAGAAUAGAGAAAAAAUUGUGGAAAAAAAACUUUAAAAAAUCGUUUUAAUUCAAAUUACAACCUAAGAGGGCCUCUUGUGUAGAAAAAAAAAGACAAAAUGAUAAGUUUGCUGUGCAUCACAAUAUUCUCCUUGACCCUGGCUGGCAGUGCGUACAGUCAGCGGACAGGCUCUGCCACACUGUAUUCAGUUAAGGUGAUGGCCGACCUUGGAGCCAACGUUACUUUGCCCUGCCGUCUCCCGCAAGAAAGCAGCAGCUUUUUUAGCAUCGGCAUCCGAGUCAAAUGGACCAAGGUAGCGGAGGAUGAGGCUCUGAAUGAGGACGUGCUGCUUUCCAUGGGCUUCCACAAGAAAACGUACGGAAGCUUCGAGGAUCGCGUCUACCUGCAGGAGCGCGACAGCGACGACGCCUCCUUGGUGAUCACGGACGUUUCCAUGGAUGACGCCGGAACGUACCGUUGCGAGAUCAUCAACGGCAUGGUAGACACCAUCCAAGAAAUUGGCUUGGAGGUUCAAAGUGGCCUCCGUGAUGGUGUGGUGUUCCCCUACUCACCACCUCUUGGCCGCUACAGCUUUUCCUUCCACGAGGCUUUGCAGGCUUGUUUGGAUCAGGACGCGGUGGUCGCCUCCUAUGACCAACUGUUUGAAGCCUGGAAGGGCGGCAUGGACUGGUGCAACGCCGGCUGGCUGGACGAUGGCACCGUGCAGUACCCCAUCACAAAGCCGAGAGAACCCUGCGGUGGUGCCAACAACCGACCCGGCCUCAGAAACUACGGCAGGCGUGACAAGUACAUGAGUCGCUUUGAUGCCUUCUGCUUUUCCACUCCAUUGAAUGGACAUUUCUACUGGCUGACACAGCCUGAAAAGCUCAACUUCGAUGAGGCCGUCCAGGCUUGCUUCGAUGACGGCGCAGAAAUUGCCAAGGUGGGUCACAUGUUCUCCGCUUGGAAGCUGGAAGGCUACGAUCGUUGCGACGCCGGCUGGUUGGCCGACGGCAGCGGGCGCCUCCUUGGAUCUUGA